AUGACGUCGAAAGAAUCCAUUCUUAACCCGGAGAACGAGACCGAGAGCUCGUUCUCCCGCACGACGAGGGAAGGGAAGAAACUCACCUACACCCUCAAGGUCAUCCAGCAGCCUGAACGGGCAAGAGCAUGCGGUGCUGGGGCCAAGGCAUCCGCUGACCGUCGCCCUGUCGACCCGCCCCCGGUGGUUGAAUUACGCGUUUACGAGUCGGACCAGAAUGAUAUGAACAAGACCGACAUCACAUUCGCCUACAACGCCAACUUCUUCCUCUUCACCACGUUAGAAUGGGCCCGCCCCAUUGCCCACGGACGAGGACAAAGCCAAAGCGCUGCCACGCCGCCCGUCCUGACUGGUGUACCGGUCGCCGGUGUGGCAUACUUGGAUCGACCCGUGCAGGCAGGCUAUUUCAUCUUCCCAGACCUGUCUGUUCGUCACGAAGGGUAUUACCGGUUGAAUUUCAGUUUGUAUGAAGAAGUCAAGGACCCGAAAGACGAGGAUAAAGAUCGUGGCAUCCCACGACCGGUUCUGCCCACGCUGAACAAAAUCGGUGAACCUCGCGAGCCCGAUGAAUACAUCUUUUUCCGUCUCGACGUGAAGACGACGCCGUUUACCGUUUAUAGUGCCAAGAAGUUCCCCGGCUUGGCUGAAAGCACGAUGCUCAGUCGCACCGUCGCAGAACAGGGCUGCCGCGUGCGUAUUCGCCGUGAUGUCCGGAUGAGACGCCGCGAGCAAAAGGGAAAUAAGGAUUUCAACGGCGGCUACGAUGACCGACACAUGACCCCCGACAACUAUCCGGGAACGCCGACUGAGCGACCGCGCUCGACAAGCAACGCCUCGGUUGACCACCCCUAUGUCUAUUGUCCCACGCCUCGGCGGGCCCCAUCCGUGCAAGACUAUGCCUAUCCUCCAGCACCUUAUCAGCAACCUGUGGCGAUUCCGCCUCCUCCGGGCCCAAGCCCCGCGCCAAUGGCUCAGUCCCAUCUGACAUUUGGUGCUCCUCAGGUUCAGUACAGUGCUCCGCCGGUGAGUAUGCAGCCGGCCACCCCGCAACCUACCAUGUACCCGUCGCCGCGUCCUGGAUAUUCGCACAGCAGGGAGGCCUCUUCCGGGCCAGCUCUGGAUUCGCAGCCGCAGAAAUAUCCUCUAAAGGUUGAGUCUUCAAGACCAGACCUCGGAAGACCCAGCUUACCGCCAAUCUCAACACACUUUUUGCCCAACUACAACCCCCGUACCCACGACUCCCCGGCUGAGCUUAAGGGAUAUCCUCAGCCCUCACAGAUGCCUCCACCGUCUCCUCUCCACAAGGCGCCUGUUAGCAAAUCUCAAUAUGCUGUCCCGCCUCUGGCGAUCAUUGCCUCUGAGCCCCCGCCAGUCCCUUCCACACCGACCACCCCAGCAACCUAUGAUUCUACACGCAGACAGUGGGAUUACAAGGAAUCAAUGUCGUCCGGCAAACGGUCCCACGGUGAUACGUUUGGCUCUGGUCAUCUUAGUCGUCGUUUGUAUGACGGUGCACGGCCCGACAUCCUAGCGGAAGUCGAGGGACCCGCAAGCGUCGACCUGGGCUCCGAUGGUACGAUGACAUAUUUGCGAGCCGAUGGAAGACAAGUUCAAAGGAGAACUGGCAUGAAUGCUUAA